AUGGACGCGAAAAGAUGCUCUCAUUGCCAGAAACCAGCGACGACGAUUUGUUUUGGAUGUAAAACGCAUGUCUACUGCAACGGAGACCACCGACGGGCGGAUUGGGACAACCAUAAGGAGUAUUGCGAAAGUGUUCAACUCGAAACUUCUCUUACGAUGGCCGCUGAAGUCGUCCAACAAGCCUGGCUUACAUUGAAGGAAUAUACUUGGCCAAUUCCAAUCUCAAAGGUUGAGCUAGAGGACCAGAAGGUCGUAGCCUACGAGGACGGUACCGCUACGAAAACUUUGUUUUCAGAUCUUUCAGAUGUCUGGUUCCCAGAUCAGGUCGCUGAACAUGCGCUCAUGUGCUUUCGGUAUCCUUUUAUGCCCUUAGUGUUGACGGAAUCCUUGAUUACACAGCUUAUCAAGCAAAGCGAAUUUCAUCUCCAUGAAGUUGAGGUCGAGCUGAAAGACCCACUGCGAACCGUUACUUUUGUGCAUGCAAACGGCACAAAAAGAUCGAACUGGCCUUUUCACAGGCUCAUGCUUUUACGAAUCACUCACAAGCGGAGUGGUAAGCGUUGGUACAUGAAUCCGUCUGGCACCGAUUUCGGACUUACGCAAAACAUCUUCCCGGCUGCAGAAUUCGAAUCGGUUCACCUCAAGAGGCUUUGCCGAGUUUUCAACGUUGGAAAAUGCAGAGAAUUUGAGGAGGCUUGCGCCAGAAUCCAGAGAUCCGAUUCGUUUUUGACACAAAUUGACUUGACCAUUGCGUGGCUCAUGCGAAAAGUACUCUCCAAUUUUCUACGGCAGCCCGGCAACGCUCUGGCAAGUAUCGUUCGUAGACCCGGCACAGUUUCUUCUGCUUGGAAACAAUCUUUGACGAAUGUGUUGACUGAGGCUGUACGUGGAUACGUCGCACGUUACGAUCCAAGACAGUAUCUGCAUGCCGUGCAUCGCGAAACUGAUCGAAUUGUUUGUGAGGGCAUGAUACAAGAAGUGGCUCAUCGCCACAUCUUUGUUGACGUAAGAACGGCGGCGGAGCGUGCAGAUAAUUCAGCUCCUGAGACUGAUGCAGCCCAAUACUUGUUGCAGCUGAGGAAUCAAUUCAGCGGCCCGCAACUAGAUCUUGUGCUGGCGGCAAUAAGGUCGACGAACUUGGGGUAG